AUGGUCUCUAGGACCCAGUACAGGACAAUCGCCACUGUUAUGAUUGAGCUUGAAACCUGCCACAGGAUCAGCUCUAUACGGGAAGGAAAUGUGAAAUCCCACCUGAUCAAAUGGAAUGCUGCAAAUGCCAAAGUCAUGCAAAACAAGGCGAAUUUGUUCAGUGGACUAAUUUCUGGGAACCAGUCAUAUGGGAACCGACGAAGAGGUCUCUCCGGAUUGUCGAAACCUGCCAAAGAAGUGCGCCACCAGGGACAAGGCGACCGCGCAGACACAGGAAACACAAAGAGCCAGACAGACUGGCCAUCCUUUGGGACCAAAGACCAGAUCCCCGGAUGGCUACGCGACAAUGAUUAUAUUGUGGGAGGCCAUCCCAUGCCAACAUAUUCCUACCAUCGGUCUUUUCGUCUGUGGCGCUGCUGGCACAUGGAAACGAUGAAUAUCUGGACUCACUUGGUGGGAUCGACGGCCUUUGUUACGGCCGAUAUGCUUCUAUGCCGCAUCUUUGCUUCGGGAAAGCAGCACUUCAAUAGCGGUGACAUGUUCGCCUUUGGAUCCUUUAUCACUGCCGCCGCCGUCUGCUUUGGCUUCAGCAUGGCUUUCCACACGCUGUGAAGCUACUCCUGACUGAGGAUUCGAACUCUUACGUUACGGCGACCGGCAUUUGGAACAUUGUGAAAGAUUCAAACCAGGUGGAACAUAUUACCAGUCCAUCCAACAAGGCCGACUCACUGAUUGGUUGAUAUUGGACUGCAGGCGCUCAAUUCCUCGCACAUGUUAUCCAGAGCCCAAACCAUGGCGAAUUAUUUUCUCCGAAGAUUAUUCCCGCAUUCGAAUCCUAAAUGGUGACAAUGAAGAAAUUCACCCUGAGUUUUGCUUAACCAACUAUUGAUGGAACACAGAAUUCUAUACUAGGCUUUCGAUAUCCAAUCCCUUUUUUAUAACCUCUUGACCUUUCUUUUGUCAAGAUUGUUCCCGCAUUGUAUAUCUUAGUAUGGGCUAGGCUAGGUUGUCUGAUUUGUGUGCAGUGUAUCUCUUUUGUUUGCUGUCACUAUUGGGAAGCAAGACAAGUGAAAUUUCUUGACCCCAACAUAUUCCCACGGCCGACCUGCUUGUUUGCUGUAUUCCACUACGAAAGAGCUGGUCCCCAUGCUACAGCUCCUUCCUAGUUAGUGAGUUAGGUUUAGCCCAAAUUAGUCAGCAUAGCGUAGAUAGUUAGCC